AUGCUGAUUACCUGGUAGAACGUACGAGAAAGGAAGUGUUGAAGUAAUUUAACAGAGAAAGCCAAACAAACAAUACAAUAUUGUUCAAAGUGGAAAUUGAAUUUUGAAUUAACUAAAAGAAUAACAAUUAUCAGCAUUGAAAUUGAUUGCAGACAGUGGUGCUAAUUAUCCAAUUUUAAUAGUUUACGGUCACAUUUUGCAAACCCGGACCUUUAAUUUGUCAAAGUGAGCGAAUGAAAAGUUUUUAUGUGUUUGCCGUCAGAAAAUAGAAAAGCUGUGAAUAGUUUUUAGUUAAAUUUUCAGCAUAAACGGACACCAUUUUGAAGAAAAUUGCAAAUAGUUCUAUUAGAGGUUUAGUUGUAUGUGUGUGCAUUGAAUUUGACAAACAUUUUGGAAAAAUCGCUUGAAAUAUUUGGAAGAAAAAGGCAAAAAGCUGUCAAAAAAUGCUUAUAAAUCUUAAAGUGAAAACUUUGGAUGCCCAGACUCACGAAUUCAGCAUUGACAAUGAGAUCACAGUGCGUGAAUUUAAGGAUAAGGUGGCGGAGAAGACGAAUAUUGCUGCCGAUCAGCAGCGCAUAAUCUAUUGUGGACGUGUUAUGGUAGAUGACAAGCAGUUGAAGGAAUACGAUGUUGACGGCAAGGUGGUACAUGUAGCUGAGAGGCCUCCUCCGUCUCAACGCAUAGCAAGCUCCGAGACAUCCAGUUCUAAUGCUAAUCCCCCUAAUGAACGAAGAGCUCGUGGUAGACCAGGAGCUGGAGGUAUGCGUAGCUCGCCGCUGUUUCGUGCCCUGGAUGGAAUGGUCGUGGGAACUAUGGCUUUUCCGGUAAAUGCCAAUGCUAAUGGCCAAACUCCAGUUAAUCCUUUGGCAGCUUCUUCGUCUUUUUGCAUGAAUCGUAUUACCGUGGCUCGCCACAUGCUUGAAUGUGCCAACAAUAUUGCAGCCUAUUUGGAAGAUCCUACAAGGGGUUUAAAUAAUCAACCUUUGGACAUUUUGGCACGUGGUCGUUGGACAAUGGAAUCAACUGUUGUUGAAGUUGGUAUAACAUCCGAUAUACCACAAAGUCAGCAGAUUGUCGAAAUGGUACAGGGUGCUGUGCAAGCUGCAUUGCGUCGUAGUGGCAAUACCAACGUAACUCUAGUACAGUUGCCAACAGUUUAUAGCUCUAGUGAAGGUGAAGCUAACAGUGCUGCAUCCGCAUUGGCAGCCUCAGCACAAGCUGCUGCAGCUAAUGGUACUGAGACAACAGAUGAAGUAACUGCCAACGCAGUGACAACUGGUAAUAAUGUACCACCUACAUCCGCUGCAUCAGUGGUUAUUGAGGACGUACUUGAUGAUGACGACGAUGAUGAUACACCAACAAAUGAGCACAGCACUGAUAAUAAUUCAGCUACGGGCACAUCGCCUACAGCAGCUGGCCCCAGUGCUGCUAAUGACGAGAAUAGCGCAGCUUCGGGAACCGAGGAUGGUAGUGGUGAUGCGUCGAGACGCCGCACAGGAACCCGAGUGCUUGCCACCGUUAUUGAGCAAAUGCGUAAUGUGCAGACACGUCUCAAUCCAUUUAUAGACCAGUACUACGAGUUGUUGCAAGGAGAACAAAAUUUCGAAGAAAGUGACAUAACAGGUCGUGAAAAUGCUCAGCGUUUAUAUGAUCGCGUUUCUGAAGCUUUCCAUUACUUGUCUCAUGCUCAGCAUGCAAUUUCUGAUUUGAUGUUAGAUGUUUCCCAAGCGGCCCCAAGAUAUUUAACUUGUCGCCCAAUAUUGGUUGAACAAAGCGGUUAUGUGAGUUCCAACAAUUUUAUUACACCAGCUAUGUUACCAGGUGCUUUGCGUCAACAACAGCAGCCAUCGCGUAAUGCAACGCCAGCAACGGCUACGCAGACUAAUGCAACAGCUACAUCGGCCUCGACGUCUAGUGCUAAUAAUGCAACAAAUAGAUCUGCUUCAACUUCAAACAUUUCGGCCACUUCUAACAACGAUGCCAAUAACUCAGCUGUCGACGACCCCAUUGAUGAUCCUGUCCCUUGGCCACCCACUUUUAGCUUUGGGAGUGGUCCAUCAAAUGACAACAAUGCAGCAAACAACAAUGCCGCUGGAAGAGCCCCUUCUCAAAGCGGUGGCGCUGGUGGUGGUGGUGGUACCCUUGAAAUUGUCCUACAACCCACACGAGCCUACUAUCUGGAACGCAAUUUCCAACGACAGGUAGCACGUUUACUUCAGGAUGUUGUUAGUGCAGCACCAUUCGAAACAGAGUUUCAUGUCCACAUUAAUAGUCCCAAUGUUGUGUCCAUUGAUGUACCUAUUGGGGGUCCGCCAUCUGCUGCAGCACCAUCUUCAGACAAUGCUACUAGUGCUAGUACUGCAGCAACUGAAUCAGCUACCCCAGCACCAGCAGAUGCCACGACAACUACGGCUAAUACCACUUCUGCUGGUUCUUCCGCAGCCGCAAAUGCAAACCAUGCACGUGUAACAACAGCAACCUUGCCCACAACAUCGACUCAAACACGUUCUACAUCACGUCCCCAAGUUCACAUUGGCAAUAUACCCGUUUUGGGUAUGUCGUCCGGAUGGAAUGGCCGAGUAUUGCCCAAUAGUAAUGUAUCAACAUUUGAUCGAUUCCUACCAUGUAAUAGUCACCAUGUUCGCGAUCAUCAGUCGAAUGCCGCCAACAGUGAAAACGCCAGCAGAAAUGCCAAUCAAAAUAUUGCAAAUACACCAGCCAGUAGUCGCGCUACACGAGCCAAUAUUAUUACACGGCGACCAUUACGCACUAUGUCUGACAUUUUAUUACGGAUGCGUCGACCAGCUGCACGUGUUGUCGGAUCCACAAUGACAGAUCGUUCAUCGCGAACUUCCAACAAUGCAGCCCCUUCGAACUCAACAAGCAGGCCUGGAGCACCAGUGUUUGAUUUUGGGGAGGCGCGUAGAGAAAUGGCAAGCAGAGCAUUCAAUGCCGCUUCCUCUAUAGAGGCGCGAAGACUCAACAUUCACAGCCAAUUGAUGAACUUUAUCGAAAACGAAAUGUUCAAAGGUAAGCCGAUAAAUGAUGAAAACAUGCUUCCAGUCAUCGAUCGUGCUGUCCAAUGGUUUGCUGAGUCGUUAUUGCAUUUGCAACAGUAUGAAAAGCCUGAAUAUGAUUCGCGAGACUCACUCUUCAAUAUUUUACGUACUACUCUGCCCAUUGUUAUAAAGCUGAUGAAUAAAAAUCCAGUGAAUUUACUUGAUUUUGAGCAAAAGCUCAGGGAGAUAUGUGAACAGUUUCGAAAACGUUUGUACAGCGUUCUAAUUGUCUGUAUUGGGCGUGCUAAUGCCGACAUAUACUGGAGCCAAUUGAUGCGUCUGUUGUGUGUUUCCAUACAGUCAACUUUCAAUGGUGAAGUUGUGGAGUUUUUGACACUCUACGUAAACCCUAACAUACCCAAUAGUUCCGAUGAAAUAGAUGCUCAACAGUUUAUUGUACAUCGCGGAUCAGCAUCGAGCACUCCUGAUAAUAGUGUACAAAUGACUUUUAUUUCACCUCCCAAUUUUUUCCAUCCUCAGCCUAUGGAUACAGAUGUUGAAAUGACCGAUGUGGCGGCCGGUGGUUCACAGACUGAAGUGGAUGAUGAACCUUUGCCAUCAGUUGUACCAGGUUCAGAACCCUGGCACCGUAACUUCCCCAAUGAUUGGUUACCUAUUAUAACGCGUGACAUACAAAACCAAACAGAGCACCCUCCCAGUCAACCACCCUAUUCGGAUGCUUACAUAUCGGGCAUGUCAUCAAAAAGACGAAAGUUGGUUCAGCAUUCUAAACCGCCUACAGAAAUUAGCGCCUUAAUAGCCGACAGUGUAAGCAAAGCCAUACAAAAUGCUGGCGUAGGAUCAUCUACAUCGGCCAAUCAACCACAGACACCCGAUGAAAUUGCACGGGCAAUUGCAAACGAUAGCUCUGUACAAUCCGCCUGCACCGAAUCAGUUCGCAUAAAUGUGCGUGAACGGCUCAAGAAGGAACCGGACUAUGAGCCAGAAAAGUUUCCCAAAUCUGCAAAGUUUAUACAGAAAUAGAUAACACCCUUCUUCCCUCACAACCUUCCCCCAUAAUCUGAAGUAACCACAUAAUACUAUAUCCCCAGAACUUUCGCAUGGACAUAGACUUGUAAGUAAUGUGUAAGCGUUAACACCACAUCUAACUGUUUAUUACAUAAAAAGAUUGAUCGUUAGGUUACGAAAACGAUCAAGACUUUUCCGAGAGGGUGUUAUUUAUAAACAAAAAAAAAAAUGUAUUUUACUAUUGUUUCUUUUUCAUACUUAGGGGCUAAUUUUAUGUAAACUGAUUGAUCAUGUAUACUUAAAAUUUGAAGGGAAAAACAAAUUUGUGUUUGCUAAAAACUUAUGGAUUCAAUUCAAAACAGGCCACGUUAUAUUUUAUUAUGUUAAUGAACUAUUUUAGUUGUUAGUAUCAUUUGCGAUUAGCGAUAUAUUAUUGUAUUUUAUUUUUAUGCAAAAAAGAAGAAAAGAAAACGAAAGAAAUGCAUUCACUUUCUGAAAUAUUAUUUUUUUUUUUUUAAUUUUGAAACAAACACAAAAAAAAUAAAUAAAAAAUAAAACGCUAACAGCAAGUAAUUCAUAUUAUACGAAUAAAAAAUGUAUAUUCACAUUAACUAUACAUAAUAAUAUGUUUUUAAGAAAUUUUAGAAACACGUAUGCUUAGAAAGGCAUGAAAUGCAUCCAACCAUUAUCUACUAUUUUUUAAUAAUAAAACAAACAAAAAAAGAAAAGAAAAACAAAACGAACGACUUUCGCCACAUACAAAAUCACAAUUUCACAAUUCUUUGUUGUGAACAAAACUAAAACUGAAAAUGAAUAUCAAUCUUUUGAAAGAUGUGGGCAUCUAUCUAUUAUGGUGGAAUAACUGUUCGCCUGAACAGGCAUACGAAAAAAAGGCAUGUUAACUAACAGUGAACUACUGAAGGAAAUUAAUUCGUAUUGUAAGAAGCGCAAUGCAAGCAGCAACACUAAACUACGAAAUGAUAAAUAAAAAAAAAAACAUGAACACAAUAUAUCACAUUAAUGUAUAGCGGACUUUAAAGUAAUUUAAGGCAAAUAAACAAAAUUAUACAUAAUCAACAAA